CUGUCGGCUCUGGAGUGCUUGGUCUGCCCGACCCUUCCAACUUUCACUCGGACUACCUGCUUGUGUGACCCAAAAAGUACCCUUUAGACCCAGUUUCCCUGUACACCCAUGGCGGAGGCUGUGCGCCCCGAGGACUACUGCGACGAGGCGGUGGAGGACGAGUUCGGAGAGAUCAUCAAGUGUCGAUCAGAUGAAAGAGAAGAUGUGCAAAAGAAGACGUUCACAAAAUGGGUCAACUCGCAGUUGUCUAAGACAGGGAAGCCCCCUGUGGAGGAUCUGUUCUCAGACCUGUGUGAUGGACGGCGCUUGCUGGAGCUGCUGCAGGGUCUAGCAGGACAUGAGCUGGUAAGGUUGGAAAAGGGCAGCUCACGUGUCCACUCGCUCAACAAUGUCAAUCGAGCUCUGCAGAUCUUGCAGAAGAACAAUGUGGAGUUGGUGAACAUUGGCGCCACAGACAUUGUUGAUGGCAAUCACAAACUCAUUCUUGGGCUCAUCUGGAGCAUCAUUCUUCACUGGCAGGUAAAGGAUGUGAUGAAGGAGGUAAUGGCUGGCCUACAGCAGACCAACAGUGAGAAGAUUCUGCUGAGCUGGGUUCGUCAGAACACAAGCCAGUAUCCACAGGUCAACGUGGUCAACUUCUCCAGCAGCUGGAAUGAUGGGCUGGCGUUCAAUGCCCUCAUUCACAGCCACAGACCGGAACUGUUCGACUGGAGCUCUGUGGAGGCCAAAGUGUCAGUGAUUGACAGACUGGAACAUGCCUUCAGUACAGCAGAACGACACCUGGGUAUCGACAGACUGCUGGACCCAGAAGAUGUGGCAGUGCCUCAUCCCGACAAGAAGAGCGUCAUCAUGUACGUGACGUCGCUCUUCCAGGUGCUUCCGCAGAGCGUUACCAUGGAAGCCAUCCAGGAAGUGGAGACGCUGCCACGGGCCGGUAGUGCCGCCGGCACCCCCCGCGUGCUGGCCGAGGAACACUACCAGAUCCAGACCCAGCAGCGUUUCUCCCAGCAGAUCACAGUGAGCGUGGCUCAGGGCCGAGUGCAGAGUCCCUCCACUCAGCCUCGCUAUAAAAGCUACGCCUACGCCCAGGCGGCCUAUGUCAAGUCGCCUGAGCAAAAGAGGAGACGCUUUACUGAGCAGUUCCUGAGUCCCAGCCAAGAGGAGCUGCAGCGAGGCCUCAGUCCGCUGCCGCCUGGCUCCACCACUCUCGAGGCUUAUCAAACAUCCCUGGAGGAGGUGCUGACAUGGCUUCUGUCGGCUGAAGAUGGGCUCCAGGCUCAGCCUCCCAUCUCGGACCUUGUUGAGGAGGUGAAGGAGCAGUUUCACACACAUGAGGGCUACAUGGUGGAGCUCACCACACACCAGGGUAGCGUCGGGCGAGUCCUCCGAGCCGGCGCCGCCUUACUGGCCGAGGGGAACCUGAGCGAGGAGGAGGACACUGAAGUGAGGGAGCAGAUGAACCUGCUGAACUCUCGAUGGGAGCACCUGAGGGUGGCCAGCAUGGAGCGACAGAGCAGACUCCAUCAGGUCCUCAUGGACCUGCAGCACAAGCAGCUGCAACAGCUCACAGACUGGCUGGACGUGACAGAAACACGGGUCAAGAAGAUGGAGGCUCAGCCGCUUGGUCCUGACUUGGAGGACGUCAAGCACCAAGUGGAAGAGCACAAGCUCUUGCAGGAGGACCUGGAGCUGGAGCAGGUCCGUGUCAACUCGCUCACCCACAUGGUGGUGGUGGUGGACGAGACUAGCGGUGACAGCGCCACCGCCGCCUUGGAGAGUAAACUUCAGGUGCUAGGCGACCGUUGGGCAGCCAUUUGUAGAUGGACAGAAGAACGCUGGAUUCUGCUGCAGGAGAUUGUAUUGAAAUGGCAGCACUUCACCAACGAACAAUGUUUAUUUGACUCGUGGCUCACACAGAAGGAGGAGUUGGUUCGCUCCAUGAAGACCCCUGGCGUAAAGGACCAUGCCGCGACCACGGCCUGCCUCCGCCAUCUUGCUACUGUAAAGACAGACCUGGAAGCCAAGCGCCCCACCAUGGACAAGCUCUGCUCCAUGAGUCAGGACCUGCUGUCCAGCGUGAAGAACAAGGAGGUGGCCAACAAGCUGGAGGCCAGACUGGAAAGCUUUGCUCAACGCUGGGACCGACUCGUUCAGAGUCUGGAUAUGAUCAGCUCCCAGCUCUCGCCAGCCGUCGGUGCAGCGGCCCUACAGUCUGAAGUGUCCCACUCCGUGACGGCGAGCGCCACCAAGGUGACAACAAGGGAAAAGGUUUCGGCACUGCGUCAAGCGCGAGAGUCGCCACCGCCGCAGAAGAAGAGGCAGGUGGUUGUGGACUCUGAACUCAGGAAAAGUUACAUGCACCCGUUUCUGCUGACUUUUCUCAGCAGGUUUGACGUGGACUUCACAGAGGUCCACAGCUACAUGACUCGAGGCGAGGCCAUCCUGCAGAGCCCUGAGUUCUCUGUCUCCCGCAAAGACGGCAGCAUUCAGGAUCUGUACGACAAAGUGCAGCUGAUAGAACGAGAGCGUCCAGAGAAGUACCGAAAGCUCCAAGAAGCCACGCGCACGGCACAGACACUGGUUGAGCAAGAGGGAACUCGGGCUGAGGACAUUGCCCAGGCUGCCGAGCAGUUGAACCAGCGCUGGGUGGGCUUCUGUGCUCUUUUGGCAGACAGGCUGGUAUGGCUGGCCUACCAGACUAAGGUGCUGGCAUUCUACAGCUUGUACGAACAGUGUGUGCAGUCAGUAGAUGCGAGUGAAAACUGGCUCAAGGUUCAACUUCCGCCAUCACCAGAACCCGAAACGCUCAAGGUGCAACUGGACCGAUGCAGAGAGGAGGUGGCCCACCUGUCUUCAUUGCAACCACAAGUGGAACUCCUUGACAAACGUUUGAAGGAGCUAAAAGAGGAGAAAGACGGGGAGGAGGACACCUCGGCAAUCCUGGACGCCGACAUCAAUGCGUUCAAAGAGCACUACCACAAGGUUCUGGAGGAUCUGAGGGCAAGAGAGAGGCAGCUGCAACUGAUCCUGGAGAGCUUGCCCCCAGCUCGUUACAAGGAAACGAUAUCGACGCUGCUGGCGUGGUUGCAGCAGUGUGAGGCCAAGCUGGCUAUUCCGUCCACAGCUGUUACAGAGUAUCCCGUCAUGGAGCAGCGACUGAAGGAUGUCCAGGCGCUCCAGGUGGCGCUGACCAGUCACCAAGGGGAGGUGGACUACCUGACCGCGGCUGUGGAGCAGGUCUUCCAGAAAGCUCCGCCUGAAAUUUGCCAGAAGUAUCGCACUGAGAUGGACAAUAUCAUGGCACGCUGGAGGCGACUCAGCACCACGCUGACGGAAAAUGCCAAGACAAUCCAGGAGCUCAUGGCCAAACUGAUGCAGUUUCAGAAUGAUGUGAAGACACUGAAGAAGUGGAUGGCGGAUGUGGAUGUCUUCCUGAAUGAGGAGUGGCCAGCACUGGGGGACUCCGAGGCGCUGGAGAAACAACUAGAACAGUGCACGGCCCUGGUGAACGACAUCCACACCAUCCAGCCCAGCGUCAACGGCAUCAACGAAGUAGGCCUGCAGCUCAAGAAGGAGGCGGAGCCACCUUUCGCCGCCCACAUUCAGAAGGAACUGGAUGAACUCAACGCCCAAUGGGAGAACGUUUGCAAACAGGCUUAUGCCAAGAAGUCGGCUCUGAAAGGCGGCUUGGAUAAGACAAUGGCUCUGAGGAAGGAGAUGCAAGAGAUGCAAGAGUGGAUAAACCAGGCUGAGGAAGACUACCUGGAGAGAGACUUCACCUACAAAACACCCGAGGAGCUACGAAAAGCAGUGGAGGAACUUAAAAGGGCCCAGGAGGAGGUGCACUCCAAGGAGCUCAAGGUGAAACUCCUGACAGACAGUGUGAAUAGUUUUAUCGCCAAGGCCCCUCCCACCGCUCACGAUGCCCUGCGUUCAGAGCUGGAUGUGCUGAAGGCCAACUACCAGCGCCUGUGUAGCCGUCUGGAUGGGAAAUGCAAAACUCUGGAGGAGGUUUGGGCGUGCUGGUGUGAGUUGCUGUCCUACCUGGAGCAGGAGAAUGCCUUUCUGGACCAGCUGGAGCAGAAGCUUGAUGAAACUCAGAACCUUCAGGGAGGAGCAGAAGAGCUGAAGGAGGCGCUGGAUGGUUUAGAGGCUCUCCUGCGACACCCGGAGGACAACAGGAACCACAUUCGGGAGCUGGCCCAGACUUUGAUGGACGGCGGCGUUUUGGAUGAGCUGAUUCAGCAAAAACUGGAUGCCUUCAACACUCGAUGGGACGAGCUCAUGGCGAGGGUGAUGCUUAGGCAAAAGGAGCUGGCUAAGAGCCUCCAGUGGGCUCAAGAGAAUGACAAGACUCUCAGGACCAUCCAGGAGUCGCUGGCCAACACCGACCGCCAUCUGACUGCGUACUUGGCCGACCACAUUGACGCCCAGCAGAUACCACAGGAGGCUCAGAAGAUCCAGUCAGACCUGAGCAGCCAUGAUGCAACCUUGGAGGACAUUAAGAGGAAGAAUCAGGAGAAGGUCCCGUCCCAGAGAAUGACUGGACAGAUAGACCUCACGCAGAAAAUGUUGGCAGAUGUGUGGACCAAGUUCAGGCUCUUCCAGAAGCCAGCCAACUUUGAGGCGCGGCUGGCUGAAUGCGAACGUGUUCUGGCUGAGGUCAAAGCCCAGGUGGGGGUGCUGGACAUCCGCAGCGUCGAGCAGGACGUGGUGCAGUCUCAGCUGGAGCAGUGCAUGAAGCUGUACAAGGUGCUGAGUGAGGUCAAAGGCGAGGUGGAGACUGUGAUAAAGACUGGCAGGCAGAUCGUGCAAAGACAGCAGACUGAGCAUCCCAAAGAGCUGGACGAGCGCGUGACAGCGCUCAAACUGCUGUACAACCAGCUGGGAGCGCAGAUAACAGAGAGCAAAUUGGAGCUGGAGAAGAGUCUGAAGUUGUCCAGGAAGCUUCGCAAGGAGCUCAAUGGGCUGACGGAGUGGCUUGCCGCCACAGAUGCCGAGCUGACCAGGCGCUCUGCUGUCGACGGUAUGCCCAGUGACCUGGCGGCCGAGGUGGCUUGGGCACAGUCCAUCCACGGAGAGACAGAGCGGCGCCAACCCCAGCUGCAGGCCGUGGUGGACCUGGCCGAAGCCCUCAAGGCGGUGCUUCGUGGCCACGGGAGCCUGGUGGAUGACAAAGUCAGCCUGCUGCACUGCAACUGGAUUGCAGUCACGUCCCGAGCAGAGGAAUGGCUCAACCUGCUGCUGGCCUACCAGCAGCAGAUGAGGAAGUUGGAUGGAGAGAUUGAGGAAGUGAAUGGAUGGAUUGACGGAGCGAAUAAAAAGAUGGAUGAGGUCGAAAGCCAGGGACCGAAUGAUGCUGCGCUUAAGGUACUGCGUGCUGAGCUGGAGCUCACGCGGGGCAAGAUGGAUGAAGUGAGGGCUUUGGCGCAGGAGCUCAUGACCACCAGGGGGGAGAACUGCCAAGCCCAGGUGGGGCCCAAGGUGGAGCUUCUGAACCAGAGAUUUGAAGCUAUUGCGCAACGCAUCGCCUCUGGACCGAUGGCAGCGUCGGCCAAAGAAAUGGAGCAGUACCACAGUGAAGCUCAGAUCUGGUUGGAUCUACUGGAGGAGGAAGUGAAACAGGGGGAAAACCUCAAGGAAGAGGACUUUCAGGAAGACAAGGACUGUGAAGAAGGUGCGGUGAAGGAGUUGUUGUUGAGAGGGGAGAAUCUGCAGAAAAGAGCUCCGGAUCAGGACAAGAGAGAACAGAUAAAACUAAAGCACAAGCAGCUCAGCAGCAAGUACAACAAUGUCAAGGACCUGCGGGUGCUCAGGAACAAGAAAGCGCUUGCCAUCGCACCCCAGUGGUACCAGUACCGCAGGAGGUCACAUGACCUGAUGUCCUGGCUGGACAAUAUCCAGCGGAGCGUUGAUCAGCUGCCCGAUCCUCCCGAGGGCGAGAGGGUCAAGGAAAUUGGCUCAGAGAUGGCCCAGAAGAAGGAGGAGCUUAAGGAGUUGCAGGUUUUAGCCAAUCAGCUCUCAGAGGCCGGAGCCGCCACUCUAGUGGAGCCUCGGCAGAUUCAGCUCAACACGCGCUGGGCUGAGGUGGAGGGCAAGUUCUUACCCUUCCAAAGACAAUGUUCUGCUGACGUCACUGGGAAUGAUUACCUGGCAGAGCUGCAGGCGCUGCUACGUUCCGUGUCGGAGGCAGACUUCAAGCUGAACUCGCCAGAAUACUGGCCUGCUGCGUAUUACAACCUACCUCAACAAGAGCACUGCUUGAAGGAAGUCAAAGUGAUCAUUGACAAACUGCGAGGUCCAGUGGAGGCAGCCUUGGCUCGUAGACAGGAAGUGGCAUCCGGCGCACGACCUCUAGAGGCCCAGCGGAUCCAGGAAAGUGCUGCCCUCCUCCGAGCCAACUGGGAUAAACUCAACAAGCUGCAUAAGGACCGGCUGAUGCGCUGGCAGGGCUGCAACUCAAAGUGGCAGAAGUUUGUUUCGGAUCAGAGGGCACUUGAGGAGUGGCUUCAUGAAGCAGAGGGUGCCCUCAAGAUGGCCGGAAGCGAACAAGCAGCUCAAAAGCAACACCUCAGGGACCUGACGGAAGCCAUCCCGAUACAGGAAGUGGUGUUGAACAGAGUGACGUCUGUAGGCGAGGACAUCAGCCAAAUGAGUACCCCAGACGAUGCCUCCCGCCACCGAGCGCAGCUCCAAUUCCUAAAUGCUCGCUGGGCUCAUGUCUGCCAGCAGCUCAACGAGCGCAAGAGAAGGUCAGUGGAGGCACACGCGACGGCAGCACAGCUGCAGGACACUGUGGGUUCGGUGCUGGGCUGGCUAGACAAGGCGGAGAGUGUCCUGGCCAUCACUCUGCAACCCGCUGAGCCUCAACACCUCAGAGACACAUUGGGCAAAGUGCAGACAUGUGUGGAAGAACUUCCCGGCAAGAAAGCUGCGCUGGAGGACCUGAACAUGCGACACCGACAGAUUCCUGCCGACAAGCAAAAAGACAUCAGGAUCAUCAAUACUCGCUGGGAAAAGGUGUCCAAGGCUCUGCCUGAACGUCUGCUGGAGAUCGAGAGUCUGCUGCGUGAACUGGAGGGGCUUCAAGGUCAGUUGGACAGUCUGUCAGGCUGGGUGUCUAGAACCAGAACCCAGCUGGAGCACAGUCCAGAGGAGCCCCCACAAAAUCUCAUCGAGGAAGUGCAGGUCAAGCAGCCCGAAGUUGAGUCGGCUCUCGAGCGAGCGAAUCAGCUCUACAAAGACGUUCCUCCGAGUCAAUCAGAGAAGGUGAAGUACAUGAAGAUGAGAGAAGACUGGACGCUCAUCAUGGAGUUGCUGCGGCAGCAUCAGGAGAGGAAAAACCUACUUGUGGCCAAGAAAGCCAAUGAAAUGUUGACUGGUAGUUCCCAGGCUGAGUCUGCAGCCCUGGCACAGUUCAACAAGUCGUGGGCGGAGCUCACAGACUGGCUGACGAUGCUGGACAACAUGGUGCAGAACAAGCGUGUGGUGGUGGCCGACCUGGACGACAUCAAUGACAACAUUGGCCAUCUUAAGGCAUCUUUAGAGGAGCUGGAUCAGCGGCGCCCUCUUCUGGAGAGACAGGUCACUGCGGCCCAGAACCUAAAAAACAAAACCAGCAACCAGGACACACGCAACGCUAUCACUGAGCGCAUUGACCGCCUUCAGACCCACUGGGAGGAUUCUCAAGCCAAAGUCUUGGCCAGAAGCAAGUAUCUUCACAGCAUGCUGCAGGACUCCACCGAGUGGCUGGACUCCAAGCAGAGGGUGGAUGUUCUCAUCAAGCGGGCCAGCGAGAGGCUGGAGUCCUGGCAGGAGGUCACCUACACCGUGGAUGCUCUCACGAGACAGAACGCUGAGCUCAAGCACUUCGCCAGCGACCUUCGGCAGUGGCAGGGUCAAGUGGAUGAGACCAACGUACUGGCCGAAAAACUGCUGACGCGUUACGCCGAUGACGACACGCAUAAAGUGACCCAGGUUAACGAUAACAUGGCGGCCGUCUGGACACAUGUCAACAAGCGUGUUGCAGACAGAGAGGCAGCACUGGAAGCAGCCCUGAAGCUGCUGCAGCAGUUCUACCUGGACCUGGACAAGUUCCUCAAUUGGCUGACAGAGGCAGAGACGACGUGUAACGUUUUGAUAGACGCCACCAACAAGGAGAGGCUGACCGAGCAGCCCGGGGCAGCCCGGAAUCUUCUGGCACAGUGGAAGGACCUGGAGGCGGAGGUGGACGGCCACACGGAGUUGUAUCAUUCCCUGGAUGAUCACGGCCAGAGGAUUAUAACAUCAAUGGGGGACUCGGAGGACGCCGCCCUCCUCCACAGACAUCUCAACAACAUGAGCCAGCGCUGGAAUGAUCUGCGCAGCAAGACUCUCAGCAUGAGGGCUUACUUGGACUCAGAGAUGGCACCUUGGAAGAGGCUCCACAUGUCGCUGCAGGAGCUGCUGAACUGGCUGAGGCUGAAAGCGCAGCAGCUUGAGCAGGAGCCGCCUGUAGGGGGCGACGUCCCCGCCGUCCAGACGCAGUUGGACACCCACAGGGGCUUCAGACGGGACGUUAGAGCCAAAGAACCGGUUGUGACCAAGGCGCUUGAUGAUGUCGGAGUCUUCCUCUCCGAAUUGCCCCGAGAACCUCCGAUGUCUGAGCAGCGAGACAUCAGCCCCGAGGAGCGUGCCCAGAAUGUCGGGCGGAUCCUGCGCAAGGAAGCGGACGACGUGAUGACCAGCUGGGAGAGGCUCAACAACGACUCUGCUGUUUGGCUGAGGAGGUUGGAGGAGGCUCUGAAGCGGCUGAUGGAGCUCCAGGAGACGCAGGAUCUUGUGGACAGCCAGCUGAGGCAGGCAGAGAUGGUGAAGGAGGCCUGGGAGCCUGUCGGGGACCUUCUCAUCGACUCGCUGCCAGAGCACAUCGAAAGAGUCAAGGAGUUCCAGGAAGAGAUUGCCCCUAUUCAGGAGGACGUCAUGCACAUGAACCAGUUGGCGUCCACUUUUGGUCCGCCUGAACUCCAGCUGUCGCCAAGCAAUCUGGAACGUAUCGACGAUCUCAACACACGCUGGAAGCUGCUGCAGGUCUCAGUUGAUGACCACUUGAAGCAGCUGAUGGACGCACACAGAGACUUUGGCCUCCUUCACGGAUCCGUUGAGAGCCCUUUCGAGCAGGGUGUCUCCCCAAACAACGUACCCUACUACAUUAAAGAAAAAACUGGACCUGACCAGAUGACCAAGACACUCCACCAGACCCAGACGACAUGCUGGGAUCAUCCCAAGAUGGCGGAACUGUACCAGUCUCUGGCCGACCUGAACAACGUUCGUUUUUCAGCCUACCGGACAGCAAUGAAACUCAGACGCCUGCAGAAAGCUUUGUGCUUGGACCUGCUAAGCAUGCCGACGGCGUGCGAGGUGUUCGACCAGCACGGCUUGAAGCAAAACGAGCAGCUGCUCGACAUCUCCCAGCUGGUGGCCUGUCUGAGCAGCCUGUAUCAGCGGCUGGAGCAGAGUCACGCCCAUCUGGUCAGCGUCCCGCUCUGCGUCGACAUGUGCCUCAACUGGUUGCUCAAUGUCUACGACACCGCCCGCACUGGAAAGAUCCGCACCUUGUCAUUCAAAACUGGAAUUGUCUCACUCUGCAAGGCUCACCUGGAGGAUAAAUACAGAUUCUUGUUCAGGCAGAUUGCGAGUGCGACCGGUUUCUGCGACCAGCGUCGCCUCGGCCUCUUGCUGCACGAUUCCAUCCAGAUCCCGCGGCAGCUUGGUGAGGUGGCCUCAUUCGGCGGCUCCAACAUUGAGCCGUCUGUGCGAAGUUGCUUCCAGUUUGCCAACAACAAACCCGAGCUGGAGGCCGCCAUGUUCCUGGACUGGAUGCGUCUGGAGCCUCAGUCUAUGGUGUGGUUGCCCGUGCUGCACCGUGUGGCUGCCGCUGAGACGGCCAAGCACCAGGCCAAGUGCAAUAUCUGCAAAGAGUGUCCCAUCAUCGGGUUCAGAUACCGCAGUCUGAAACAUUUCAACUAUGACAUUUGCCAAAGCUGCUUUUUCUCCGGUCGUGUUGCCAAGGGACACAAGAUGCAGUAUCCUAUGGUGGAGUACUGCACCCCGACCACGUCGGGGGAGGACGUCAGGGAUUUUGCCAAGGUGCUGAAGAACAAGUUCAGAACCAAGCGCUACUUUGCCAAACACCCACGUAUGGGCUACCUGCCGGUCCAGACCAUCCUAGAGGGUGACAACAUGGAAACUCCUGUCACGCUGAUCAACUUCUGGCCCGUAGAUCAUGCGCCUGGCUCAUCCCCUCAGCUUUCGCACGACGAUACGCACACACGGAUCGAGCACUACGCCAACCGGUUAGCAGAAAUGGAGAACCGUAAUGGCUGUUAUCUGAAUGACAGUAUCUCACCCAAUGAGAGCAUUGAUGACGAGCACAUGUUGAUCCAACACUACUGCCAGUCUCUGAACCAAGGCUCUCCCCUUAGCCAGCCCCGCAGCCCGGCCCAGAUCCUCAUCUCCAUGGAAACGGAGGAGAAGGGAGAGCUGGAGCGUGUCCUCAACGACUUGGAGCAGGAAAACAGGAAGCUUCAAGCCGAGUACGACCGUCUGAAGAAGGCGCAUGACAGGAAGGGCCUGUCCCCUCUGCCGUCGCCUCCGGAGAUGCUGCCAGUGUCGCCACAGCGCGCGCGGGAUGCAGAGCUCAUCGCCGAGGCCAAGCUGCUGCGGCAGCACAAAGGACGCCUGGAGGCCCGGAUGCAGAUUCUUGAGGACCACAACAAACAGCUGGAGUCCCAACUGCACCGGCUCAGGCAACUCUUGGAGCAGACGGAUUCCAAGGUGAACGGCACUGCUCUGUCCUCCCCCUCCACCUCGUCUCAGCGCUCAGACACCUCCCUUCCUCAUCUGCGCGUGGCUGCCAGCCAGACUACUGACACAAUGGGUGACGACGAGCUGUCCACGCCCUCCCAGGAUGCAUCUGGGCUGGAGGAAGUGAUGGAACAGCUCAACCACUCCUUCCCUCAUAGCCAAGGUUUGUUUGCCAACCUCUGUCCCUCCUCGGGUCCCAGCAUCGGGAGUUUGUUCCACAUGGCAGACGAUCUGGGCCGCGCCAUGGAGUCUCUGGUCAGCGUCAUGACGGACGAGCCGAGCGGGAACCAGGCACCGUCCUUCUGAUACACCCCUCCAUCCCUACUGCAUGCUUUUCUAGUCAAAAGAGCUGGAUUGGAAGACAAACAGAAUUUAAAAAUGUCUAUUUUUGUCAGUGUGGUUCCGGCAAAAGAUGUGUUCAAAUACAAAAAAAAAAGAUUCUGUAGAUUUGGGUAGUUUCUUAAACCGUCCUGAGGUUUUUAAACUUCUAUGCAAUUGUAUAAAAAGAUUUUUGGGAUGUGGGGGCAACAAAAAAAAAGAUAUGUGUUUAGCGUGCAUCAUUUUGUAACCAGCAAAAAUGACAUUUGUAUCCAAAAAAAAAGAGAAUGAUUGUAAUAAUACAUUUAUUAUAAUGUCUUUAUAUAACAGCGUACGAUACUGUUAAGGUAAUGCAGGCAUCCUGGAACUUUACAGUACGUUGUGUGCGUGUGUGUGUGUGGGGCACGUGUGUUAGUGGGCCCUCUCCAUCAUCCGUAUGUUACUCCAUGAUUAAUAAUACGUCUCCAUUAACUACGUUUUCAUCUCAGGACGUGUCGGUGCAAAAUGUGUGAGCGUUUCCAACAUGUAUGUUGGAAGUGAAUUGAUUACAAACAAAGCGCCUUCCCCCCUCACUCACGGCGCAGCCAAGAAUAACACAACACGUACCAAAUGUAGAACACACACUGUAACUGCCCCCCACGGACUAUGCGGGUUUCGAAAUAAGUGCUUAAAUACUAAUAUAGAUGCCAAACAUUACUGGUGCAUACUCAUAACCCGCAGAGCAUGCUGGGUAACUUCCUGUUUGGGAAGUGUGCGCUUUGGCUCUCCAGCGUAACUUGGGGGUUAUAUAUGAGUAUAAAAUAAUAUUGUUUUGUAUAUAUAUUAGCGUGUGAGCGUCUGUUUUGAUACUCGCAUAGUCCGUUCAGUUGGUUUAGUUGAUUUAGUUCUUACACUGGCACAUGUUAGGUACAUGUUGCACACUGGGAUUUUAUUGAAUAUCAUUUAGUCUGUUUUAACUACUGGAAAAAAAAAAUGUAAUUAAGGCUGCUGCUGAAAAACGACUGAAAUUUACAGGCAAAUUAUUUGAUGCUUCAAACCCGACUUGACAUUCAAAUCAAGGGCCACGUUGUUUUUCGGCUGUCGGAAUCCUAUUGACGCAUGGGAUGUCCAAAGGGUGGCCCAGUGGCCACUUUUGGCAUGCAGCUUGUUUUAUAUUGGCCCUCAUCUAUAAUGCACAAAAUGUAUCAGUUUGGACACCCCUGUUUGAACAGAUCCCCAAAUUGGAAUCUUGUCUUUUGUGUAUCAAUUUUUGACAAAGUUUGUGUUGUUUUCAAGUGUAGUUUUGACGUGUGGGGUUAGUUCUAUGCUAGCAUGUGUAUCUAAAUGAAAUCCAUAUGUCACCAAUGAAAGAAGGCUGAUACACGCACACACAAACACACUCACUUUUGUGCAGUUUUGGUCGUCAUAUUCUCGCUGCAUUCAUGACCUGCCAUCAUUUUUGCUUUCUGACACUGUAUUAGUUUGUCAUUUCUAACGUUACUGUGUGUCAUCCUCGCACCCUUCGUCGCAGACAACACAUUAACAUGCCACAGCAGAUCAAACUCCACCAAAUAUAUGCCUUACUACUGUAUUAUAAAAAUGCUUUACUGUACAUCAAUAAAGCACGCAGUUAUGUUGA